CGUAGAUUUUAUUACUGGGUUUCUCCAAUUCAAUUCAAUCAAUCGGAUAAAUCAUUGCAAAUUCAGUAACUUGACACCUGAAAGUUGCAAAAAAGCUUCGCCAGCUAUAAGCUCCUAUAGUUAUAGCUCCUAGUUAAAGUUUUUGCAAUGUGUGGUAACUGAUGAAUACAUUCUCAACAUCUAAUUCGCUUGUUAACACAAAUAAUUAUUAUCAUGAAGAAACACUGGAGUGAAAAUAUUAAAUAUGAAUAUUUGGUAGCAGGUUUAUCAGGAGGUGUUCUUUCCACAUUAGUUCUGCAUCCAUUUGAUUUAAUAAAAGUAAGAUUUCAAGUGAAUGAUGGCACAGUUAUUAAAAAUCGACAAGUGUAUACCGGUGUUGUGAAUGCUUUUCAAACGAUUGUAAAAAGUGAUGGAUUGCGUGGAUUAUAUCAAGGUGCUUCUGCCAACAUUGCUGCCUCGUCUUUGAGCAACAGCUUAUAUUUUUGCAUCUUUAACUCCAUAAAGUUAACAACGCAAGAGAGGUUAAACAUAGAGCAUCUUAAAUUUAAAGACUUUUUUAUCAUUGGAUGUUUCACAGGGGCAUGUACUCUUGCUCUGACAAAUCCAAUAUGGGUUGUUAAAACAAGAAUGUGUUUGCAGCCUGGUUUAAGUGUUGCAGAGGGUGGUGUACAUUAUACAGGUGUUUUGAAUGGGUUGAAGCAACUUUACAAGCAUGAAGGAAUCAGAGGUUAUUACAGAGGUUUUGUACCUGGACUUCUUGGUGUGUCUCAUGGAGCAUUGCAAUUUAUGGCAUAUGAAGAAUUAAAAAAACUUUAUAGUAAAUAUACUGGAAAACCAACGAGCACAAAAUUAGGUACAUUACAAUAUAUAACAAUGGCAGCUCUUUCAAAAGUUUUUGCUGUUGUUAGCACAUACCCAUAUCAAGUGGUAAGGUCAAGAUUACAAGAUAUUCAACUACAAAGUAAAUAUGAUGGAGUUGUUGAUGUCUGUAGAAAAAUAUAUAGAAUUGAAGGCUUCGUAGGAUUUUACAAAGGCAUGGUUCCAUCCUUAUUACGAGUGACACCUGCUUGCUGCAUAACGUUUCUAGUCUUCGAAAAUAUAUCCCAUUUCCUGAUCAAAAAUAAAAACAAAAACGUCACAUGAUUACUCAGGAUAGAUGUAAAACAUCUAUGCAAUAAUAUUUAACUCUCCACAAAAAUAGUGUGGCUAGCUCCUCUGUUGAAACAUGAGUUGCUCAUAAUUGUUGUAAUUUAAACUAUUAAUAGUUCAGGAAAAUAUUUUGAUUCUAAUUUUUUCUAAAAGAAUUUUUCUUACAAAUUUAAGAAAUUGCUUUCGGUCUCGUAAAAAUUCUUCUCAAGAAGUAUACCAAAGUCCCACGAAAAAAAUUCUGCCUGACCCGUUAAAUAAAAAAUAUUGUCUGUAUAAACUGGAUUUGUAGGUUAGGAAUGGGAAGGGUUGUAGGAAACUCGCACAAAUAUAAGAAGACAGUGAGAUGCCCACAAAAAAUUUGAUUUAUAAAAAAUGCUUACAAGAUGAAGAAAACUAUCUUUCAAAAAAUGCUUUUCUUAAGGUAGUCAAAUAGAUUUUUAAAAUUUGCAGAAAGCCCCCGAAUUACCAGGCAGUUAAAUUGUCAAAUGUUUGCAGUUUCUUUGUAUAGGUUAAAGUUGUUAAAAACACCUUCAAAUCAGGCACAUAAAGUAUAGAAUAACCAAAAUACAGACUUCAUUAAGUGUGAACAAGAACCCCACUAUUUCUGUGGAAAGUUUCAUUUGUUUUUAUGUAAAAUAUAUUCUGUCAUUUUUAUACAGUUUAGGUUUAGUGUUUUGUACGCACUUUUUUAUUGCUGACUCAGGGUGUCUACCAGACCUUAAAAAUUGUAAAAAUAAAAUCUCUAAAAACAUCUCUGCUUAGAUAUAUAAUCAAGCAUUGUUGUGUUUCCACUUUCACAUUUGGCACAACCAUUUUAGCACACCAAGUAUUUUUAUUAUUUUGUACCUAAGUAUCUAGUGUUUGCAUGCUUUGGAACCUUUAAAUAUUUCAAUUGUUAAAAAAUCAGUAGACACCCUGUGGCGAGCUAGUAUUUUACAGUAAGAUAAGGUUAUUUUGUUUUUGUGACUGAGGCCACGUUUUAAACGUUGUCUCUUAAAUUUACCUAAAUUUAUAUAAUUAUAUAAUUGCUGUAUUAUACUUUUAUUUUUAGCAUUAUAUAAGCUAUAAAACGAAAUAUCGAAACUGUAUAUAAAAGCCUUUAAGUAGUUGCCCAUAAAAAGAAAAUUGUAUACUGAUUAUGCAGUAUAAUAAA